GCAUUCAUUCAUUACAGUUAGCUCUGUUGUCCUGCUGUAAGUCGCUAUGAGUGAAGAUAUAUCUGUAUUGAUUGUUGGUACUGAUGAAGGGAGCUUUAAUGUUGUGGUUGCUGAUAGUUUUGAAGCCUUUCAGCAGACAACCGUCAGAGAGCUUAAACAUAAAAUUAGCAAGGUAAAGAAAGAACUAGUACCAGAUUCUGUGCGUUUAAUAUUCGGUUCGAAGCAGCUUGAAGAUAGUAAGACUCUUAAAUUUUAUAAUAUUCAAGAAGACUCUAGUAUCAUUGUUGUCACACGUGUUCAUGGAGGUGCUACACUGGAAGAAACACCACCUGCUACAAUUGACAAGGAGUACCCAAGUGAUUUUCCAUUAAAAUUCACUGAUGAGCCUGAUUGCUUGGAUCCAUUUCCUCCUGAAGCGGACUCACCAAAGCGAGUCAAAAUGAAAUGUGGUCAUGCUGUUGAACCAAACAACCUCACAGCUUUUAUUAGCUCAGAGAUUAGCCAACGACGUUUUGUGUUCAAAUGUCCAGCAAUCAUCAAUAAAGCCACUAAUGAAGCAUGUGGUGCUGAAUGGGAUUAUGCUGAUAUUCGCCUUGCUGCAAUGCUUACUAAUGAUGAAAAGAGAUAUUUUGAAAAAAAGAUAUCAGAAUAUGCAGCACAUCAGCACUGUGAAUUCAAAAAAUGUCCGUCCUGUCGAGCGUUUGUCGAAAGGAUAGAAUUAGAUAAUCUCAAUGUCAAUUGCCCUUUCUGCACUAAAAAAAAAGGUAGUAGAUUUGACUUCUGCUGGCAAUGCCUGAAAGAAUGGACUGGACCAACAAGAGCUGCUACACAAUGUGGCAAUCCAAAUUGCGUUCAUGAAGAUAUGUCAGUGAUUAAAAAUGCUCCUGAAGUUACAGUUUGUGGUCAAAGUGUUCCUAAUUGUCGUGCUUGUCCAACUUGUGGCAAAGUUUCAGAGCAUACUACACAGGCCUGUAAGAAUAUAGUUUGUCCUCGUUGCAAAAAAGAGUUUUGUUUUCUUUGCCUGGAGCUAACGGUAGAUUGUCAGAAGAGUGCACCAGGUUCCUGGUAUAAAGCAUGUGCUAAAGGUAUAGCUCCGAGACAAACCAGCAUCCCCAGUUGGUCUCGUCAUUAACAAUUAUAAUUUUAAGUGUUGGUGUUGUCUAAUGUGUGCAUGUAUACUUAGUCUAUCUACUAAAGACAUUUAGUUUAGAGAGUUCAGUAGUGUGACUAAUUAUAAAUAAUUU